AUGGAUCUUGCAGCUGGCAUGGAGGAAAAUGUGCCUGCAUCUGCACCUGCACCUACACAGAGCAUAGAGCACUAUGCAGAUGACGGAGACCUGGUGCUUCAGGUUGAUUCCACCAUUUAUAAAGUACAUCGGUCGCUGUUUCGCAUGCAUUCGGAGGUAUUUGCAGGCAUGUUUACCCUUCCAAGCCAGCUAGAAGGGUCUUCCGAUGAGCAUCCGAUGAAAUUGGAGAUUGUCACAUUUCCUGAAAAUCAGCCGGUGUCGAGUCAAGAUAUAGACUACCUGCUGGACUGGCUCUACAAUAAAGGCGUCCAGGUCCCACCUUACCCGGUGAAAAUGCUCCUUGCAGUCUUGCGACUGGGGACAUUGUGGGAAAUUACCCCUGCUUGCAAGUGGGCAGUGCAUUUCUUGACAGAGACGACGGAGUUGGAUCCAUGUGACCGCGCGCAACUUGCACGGUGCUAUCGGGUGGCCAAGUGGGUUGACCCUGCCUUCCAGGCUCUUUACCGCAGGCCUCUAAGCACUCUUACCGACACCGACAUGAACAAGAUUGGCCUGAAAUUUCUCUCAGUCUUGGCCAAGGCUAAGGAAGCCGUCCAUGCCCGGAGCCUCCACAUGGCAGGGUAUCCGCCGGUGAUAGCACAUGUCAUGUGUGAGAAUCAAGCCCAAUGCACUGCUGCAUUCGAAGAGGCUUGGUGGACGAAGGUGGCUAGGCGCGUCUUGUGUCCGAAGGAACCUCUUCCUUUGGUUCAGAUCGUGUAUCAUUUCCGUAAGCUCCACAUAUGGGGAAUGGGUGCGCUAUGCCAGCUUGAGACUGCCGCGAUCAUAGAGAUGAGUGGGCGUCAUAUUUUUGAGGAGAGCACCAUCAAGCAGGCCGUGCAGGCCAUAAUUGCAUAUAAUAAAACACUGACGGAGGAGGAGCAGACUUGGCUUCCGCUGCCAACUUCUGGCACGCCGCUGCUCCCAAUGCAUCUUGUCUUGCCUAUACCAGCCUUGGUAUGCUGCUUCUAUAUGUACGUUUGGGUCUACACAAAGCGGAUCCGCGAGGUUGCUACCCGUAUCCAGAUGGACACCCAUCUUGUGCAGCAGAGUAUCUCUGAGAAGAGCAGCGAAGCGAACGCCGGCGACGUCGUCGACGUCUUUUUCGCUAUCCUUUUCGGCUCGUUCUCGCGUUGCUUGCUCCCGAGAUGCAAGCUAUCACAUGUGCCCGUGGCACUACGAAACCAUCGACCGCGUUCCAGGAUUGACUCGUUGUCCCCUACCGAGAACUGCCGCUUCCACGACCCACUCGAGGAAGCUGUCCGACUCGAUGGCGUUGAUCUGCGAGAGCUCAACGUCAAGUGGCUCCGCUCGCAAAUCGGACUUGUAUCCCAGGAACCGACAUUCACAGACGGCUUCAUUUCCAAGCUGCCGCUCGGCUACCAGACUAUGGUCGGCGAGCGUGGCUUCUUCAUGUCUGGCGGCCAGAAGCAACGCAUCGCCAUCGCGUGUGCCGUCAUCUCAGAUCCUCGCAUUCUGCUCCUUGACGACGAGGCCACUAGUGCACUGGACACCCAGAGUGAGGGUAUCGUGCAGAACGUGCUAGACAAGGCUGCCGCGGACCGCACGACGAUUACGAUUGCGACGGCCUCGUCCUCGAGCGAGAACAGCCUGUACGCGUGCCUCGUGAGUGCCCAGAAGCUCCGUGAAGCCCGCGAGAAGGCGUCGCAGCCCAAGGGUGACGACGGCAGCGACACGGCAGCUGGCAACAAGACCCCUGAAGAGAGCAUUGAGAAGCAGGCAGAGGAGGAGAUCCCACUCGGUCGCUCGCAGACGGGCACGCGCUCGCUUACUUCGGAGAUCCUCGAGCAUCGCGACCAGGGAAAGGAGACGGGCAAGGCACAGAAGUACUCAUUCUUCUACCUAUUCAAGCGCAUGGGCAGAAUCAGCCGAGGUAUGUGGCCCCAGUACCUCAUAGGGCUUAUUGUGGCAUUCUUGAUCGGCUCUGUCUAUCCUUCCUUCGGUCUCGUCUUCGACAAGGACGAGAACAGUGCAGAAGAUACAUGGCCUCGCCGGCGUGGAAGCUUGGUCGGUCUCACCUGCGUUCCGCUUGUCAUCUCGGGCGGUUUCGUUCAUCUGCACGUCGUUGUUAUCAAGGAUCAGAAGAACAAAAAGGCGCACGAGCACUCCACUCACCUCGCCUGCGAAGCUGCUGGUUCCAUCCGUACGGUUGCUUCUCUCACCCGUGAGGAGGAUUGCCUCCAUCUGUACUCCAAGACUAGCUCGUUCUGGUCCAACAUGCUCUACACGAUCACGCAGCUCUUCAUCGCGCUCCAAACGACCGUCUUCAGUUCCAUGCAGGCGGACAAUGUGUUCUCGUUCGUGCCUGACAUGUCCUCUGCUAGGGGCGCUGCGGCGGACAUCGUCAACCUCCUGGACUCCGAGCCUAGCAUUGACGCCGACGGUACCGAGGGCAGCAUCCACUUCGAGAACAUCCACUUUUGGUACUCCACUCGUCCCGGUGUGCGCGUUCUGCGUGACCUCAACCUCACUGUCGAGCCUGGCACCUACGUGGCGCUUGUCGGCGCGUCAGGAUGUGGAAAGCGUACGACCAUCCAGCUUCCCAUCGAGUACCGCAAGCACAUCGCUCUGGCCUCUCAGCAACCAACGCUGUAUGCUAGUACCAUCCGCUUCAAUAUCCUCCUUGGUGCGACGAAGCCUGCUAAAAAAAACUCAAGGCCGUCAUUACCAGACAGCUUCGACACCGAGGUUGGUGGUAAGGGCUCCCAGCUCUCCGGUGGCCAUUGCGAUUGCGCAGACGACUCGACCUUGGAGAAGAUUGUGCAGGAAGCACUCGACAGUGCUGCCAAGGGCCAGACAACGAUCGUGAUUGCACAUCGUUUACCGACCAUCCAGAACGCAGACUGCAUAUACUUCAUCAAGGAUGGUGCAGUCCGCAAAUCUGGCACCCACGACGAGCUCAUCGCGCUGCGUGGAGGCUACUACGAAUUUGCCCAGUUGUACUGCUUACGACCGAACUUGGGCCGAGUCGAACCAAGCGAGACCGUCGAGGUUCAAGUUGUCCUUCAGUCAAUGAAGGGGAUGCUCCUGCUUGGCGCAAAGUGCAAAGACAAGUUUCUGAUCCAGAGCAUGCUUAUCACACCAGAAAAGGAGACGCUGCUGCUCACAGACAUUUGGAGUGGCGAGCCAGCAGAGGACACUAUUCACUUGCACAAAAUCUGUGUUGCCUACCUGCCACCGGAAGGGCAAACUGUGCCGAUCCCAGACUUCGCACAAGACCACAGCUUCGAGGGUCUGCAGACAGAUGCUGAACAGCACCACGAUGCGCGUUCAUCUCUUCCACCACUGGCCGAGCCCGUUUUCCAUGCUCCUCCAAACCAAGUAGAUGCGCUUUUUGACACUCGUAUCUCGUGUCUCGUCGCUGCCUCCAACGUCUAUCCUGCCUUUGAACACUCCCAACCAGUUGACUGCACACUCGACCAGUUCCCGUCCGGUGCGACGUGGGGUGCGACGUGGGCGACAACGGUGCGCGCUCUUGAUAUACCAAUUAUGCUUUUCACUCCUACCUCGCUAUCCUUCACAAUGCAGUUCUCCGCACUCAUCGCUACCCUCGCCCUCGCCAUCGGCAUGGCCAACGCUCAGGCUUGCACCUCCUCUCUCUGCGCCACUAUCGAGACAGGUUUCAGCGCGCCCCAGCCCAUCGUGCUCGACAAUUUCGUAGAGUGCUGCGCCGGUACCACCUGCACGACCACCACUUCUGAAACGUUCGAAAUCUCUGGGCUCACCAUCGAAUUUGCUACCGGGACGUGCGCAGCUUGA